CACUAGUCCUGCUUCCCUUUCCCUGCUCCGGCCAACGAAGGGAAACAAGGGUCGGCGGGAUGGGGAUGCAAUUUGGUAUUUUGUACGCCUUCCUUCUCUUGGUCCUUUCGACCUCUCUCUUCAUGAGAAGGCGAAAGACGAGACCCGAGGACAAGUAUAAAGUCCCACCUGGUUCCAUGGGGUGGCCUUACGUAGGAGAGACCCUUCAGCUCUACUCAGAAGACCCCAGUGUGUUCUUCGCCAACAGGCAGAAGAGGUACGGAGAGAUCUUUAAGACGCACGUCUUGGGCUGCCCCUGCGUGAUCCUGGCCAGCCCGGAGGCGGCCAGGUUCGUGCUGGUGACACAGGCUCAUCUGUUCAAGCCGACGUACCCGAGGAGCAAGGAGCGGUUGAUCGGCCCCUGGGCGCUCUUCUUCCACCAUGGCAGCUACCAUAUGCGGCUGAGGAAGCUUGUACAGGGCUUGUUGUCCCCGAAUGCGCUUCACGGGCUCGUCCCCGACAUCGAACGCAUAGUAAUCUCCAUGUUGGAAUCAUGGGUUGGUUUGGAAGCCAGAACCUUCCAUGCAAUGGAGAAGCUAUCUUUCGAUGUGGGUGUCCUUGCGAUCUUUGGGGACCGGCUGGAGGAGCGGCACAAAGUAGAGCUGAAGAAGAAUUACUUGAUCGUUGACAAGGGCUACAAUUCUUUCCCCAUGUACCUUCCCGGCACUCCGUACCACAAAGCAAUCGUAGCAAGGAAACGUUUGCACGGUGUACUGAGUGAGAUCAUGAACGAGAGAAGGAAGAGAGGAGUGCGGGAGAAUGAUCUGUUGGGCUGUCUCAUCGACUCUAAGGAUGACAGCGGAGAGCACCUGAACGAUGACCAGAUCGCCGACAACAUCAUCGGCGUCCUAUUUGCCGCACAGCACACGACGGCCAGUGUCAUGACAUGGGUCCUAAAGUUCCUCCACGACGAACCAAAGCUUCUUGAAUCCGUCAGAGCCGAGCAAACGGCGAUACGGGAGGCGAACGAGUUUGGAAGUCGACCCUUGACGUGGGCCCAAACGAGAAGCAUGUCCCUGACUCACAAGGUCAUAUCGGAGAGCUUGAGGAUGGCAAGCGUCAUCUCUUUCACGUUCAGGGAGGCAGUGGCCGAUGUGGAGUACAAAGGAUACCUUAUCCCAAAGGGCUGGAAGGUGAUGCCUUUGUUCAGGAACAUACAUCACAAUCCGGACUUCUUUCAAGAACCCAACAUGUUCGACCCUUCUAGAUUCGAGGUUGCUCCCAAGCCCAAUACCUUCUUGCCAUUUGGGAACGGAGUUCACGCUUGCCCCGGCAAUGAAAUGGCCAAACUGGAAAUGCUUAUUUUGAUCCAUCAUCUGGUGACCAAAUACAGGUGGGAGACUCUGGGACACCAAGGUGAGAUCGAGUACUGCCCAUUCCAUGUGCCGAAGCAUGGCCUUCCUGCCAGGUUGUGGAGAGCCUCCGGCAGCUACGAAGCAGGAGAAUGACGUUGCUCGCUGCAAGCAAUCCAGUUAGCUUAGCUUCUACAUUGGCCCUAAGUGCAAAUCCCGUCAAAGGAGAGGGUGAGGCUCCUCUUUGUCUCAUUGUAUAAAGCGUCCCGACAGAUUUAAUUCAAUCAAAGGGGGAGUUCUUUUCAUC